AUGGAUUCGAUACCAAUUCAUACGCAGAUAUUGAUGGUGGUUGGAAAGAUAGUUCUUACAUUAUUUUAUGGUACAUUAGGAACAUUUUCCGCAGUUCUUCUUCUCAUUUAUAAUGGUCCAAGCAAAUUUUUCCGACGUGUUGAACGAGCAACACCACCAGCACAAGCAAUGGAUCCUAUCUAUGGAAAACAUGAUAUGAUUAAAUUAAAAGCAAGUUGUUUUUCUUCUACCAAUAUGACUCAUAAAAGUACAUCAGAUCAACCGUUAAUGUUAUUUGUUCAUGGUUUUCCUGAAUGUUGGUAUACAUGGAGAUAUCAAAUGAAAUUUUUUUCAAAAAAUUAUCGAGUUGUUGCUUUUGAUCUACGUGGUUAUGGUCUUAGUUCAAAACCUGCCAAUGUUAAAGAUUAUAAAAUUGAUCUAUUAGCGGGUGAUAUUGCUGAUCUUGUCGAAGCGCUUGGUUACAAAUCAUGUAUUUUAGUUGCUCAUGAUUGGGGAGCAUUGAUUGCAUGGGUAGUUCCUAUGCUUUAUCCUAAUUUAAUCGAUAAACUGAUUAUAUUGAAUGCCCCACAUCCAGGUGCCUAUCGUGAUAGUCUAUCAUUGAAACAACUUCGAAAAUCAUGGUAUAUGUUCUUCUAUCAAGUACCAUUUAUGCCUGAAUUAUUAUUUCAAUCAAAUGAUCUUGCGCUUUUUAAACAAAUCUUUUGUACAAAACCAAUGGGUUUGAUAAAUACAAAUAAUAUGACAUCAGAUGAUCUUGAAGUUUUUAAAUAUACAUUUUCUCAAAAAGGAACACCAACUGCAGCAAUAAAUUAUUAUCGUGCUUUCUUCAGACAUCCGAGAGAUGAUUUAGAAAAAAAAAUAAAUGUACCUGUAUUAAUUAUAUGGGGUUGUAAAGAUGGAGCAUUAGGUGAAGAACUUGCUGAUGCUAGUAAAAUCUAUUGUUCAGAUGUUUGUCUGAAGAAAAUUCAAAAUGCAUCACAUUGGGUACAACAAGAUGCACCUGAUGAAGUUAAUCGAUAUAUAGAAGCUUAUCUUAAUGAAAAAUCCGCGUUAAAACGCACAACCAAUGAAUAA